CUUAUUUCAGCGACGACGGAAUCCUCUCCCAUAGUUGCUUGACUCUAGUUUCUAUCUUCACUUUUCCAAUUGCAAUUCAUAGAUAAGACCAGGCGGGAAGUUCUUGAACCAGAUUAAAAACAGAAUCUCUCCCACAGAAAAUAUGACUUCAACCCCUCUAGCCACAACCUCAAUUGAGGCCUCAAAUCUCUUUGAUGUGAAAGGGCUCAUCGCCGUAAUCACAGGCGGCGGAUCAGGUAAUUCACUCCUCCCAGAAACCAACAAUCACUUCUAACAGCAUCUCAGGAAUCGGUCUGAUGAUGGCCAGAGCUCUAGCUCUUAAUGGUGCCUCAAAAGUCUACAUAAUCGGCCGUCGUGCCAAAGUCCUCGAGGAAGCCUCAAAGUCCAUCGCGACACCUGGCAUAAUCGUCCCCAUCGUGGGGGACGUAACUUCCCAAUCCACAAUGGAAAGCAUUGUUCGAAAGAUCCAGGAUGAAGUAGGUUAUAUCAACCUCCUCAUCGCUAAUUCCGGAAUCCUCGGACCUGGACCAGCGCAGCCUCCGAGUAGCUAUACCUCCGUUUCGGAUUUCAAGAACUCGUUCUUGGGAGCUGGAGCUGAAGCUAGUGGACAGGAGGGCUUUGAGAGGUUCGUGGAUACGUUCAGGACUAAUACUGCCGCGGUUUGGUACACGAUUGUGCAGUUUCUUGAGUUAUUGGAUGAGGGAAAUAAGAAUGGAAAUAUAAAGCAGGCUAGUCAGGUUAUUGCGACAGGUAGCAUUGCAGCUUUUUUGAGAAAGGUAGGGGGGGGUUAUGCAUACGGGGAGUCUAAAAGUGCUGUUAUGCACAUGGGUAAGCAACUUGCAACGGGGCUGGCACCUUUUGGGAUUAGAGCCAAUGUACUUGCUCCAGGGCGUAAGUGAUCCUUUCUUUCCAAGGACGCUGUGAUCAAAUUUGCUUUGGAGAUUGAAUAUCGAAAUUGAAGCUUAUCGACUAACCUUUGUCUCAUAGUAUUUCCCUCUGACCUAGCAGCGGGCAUCAUUGGCGAUGGUGUUUUUACACGUGACCAAAUCCCACUUGGAAGAGUAGGAGAUGAGGAAGACAUGGCCGGUGUUAUUUUGUUCAUGGCAAGUAGAGCAGGAGCCUAUUGUUCAGGAAAUGUCAUGACGAUUGAUGGAGGGCGUAUGUCAGUAUUGCCGUGCUCAUACUAA